ACGCGGGAGCGAGCGCGCACACACAGCCGUUCGUCCGUCCGUCCGUCCGCCCGUCUUCGUGCUCGCUCGGUCCGGCUCGUCCGAACGGCCCGCUUCGGGCAGCCGCCCCCGCUUUCUUCUCGCGCGAACGGUAAAUAGAGCGGGGCCAGCUUACUCCGCUGUGCACAGUGCGGAUUAAUCGACGGGGCUGCGGGGAUAUUUCCCCCUCGGUCGCGAGCGCAUCGCGAUCGUCGCGCGUAGCGUCGAGCGACGCGUCGCGCGCGCGUCUCGGCCGACUUCAGAGCAGUGAAUAUACGGCGGGUAGGAACAGCGAGGAGGAACAUGAACCCCCCGAUCGCGGCGAGGAUGCCGCGCGCCCGACAUCCCUGCGCCGAGGAUUCCGCGUUCCAUCUUCCCCGGGAUCUGCGCUGGUCACCUGCCGCGAGGUACGUCGCGUGAGUCAGCGUGUUCGGUUAAUUCGUUUGAAUCGAGAGUGUGAUUUGCGCGUCACGACGCAGGACGCGACGCCGCGAGUGCGAGUGCGGUCGUUAAAAUGGACCUGCCGGGUGCGACGUUGCGUCGCGGGCACGCGACUCGCCGACAAGUAGCAAUAACCGUUACCGAAGCGACGUAUUCCCGCAACGAGCACAGCGUCGCGACGCCGCCGCCGCGCGGGUACGCGUGUCGUUAAUCAAACCGACGACGACGUCGCGGUACCUUCCUGCGCUCGGAAGUUGGCCGCGGAUAUUCGCACCACCGCGCGCCGAAGCCACCCAGAUACCGUGCGAAUAUUCGUCUCAUCGAAGUGAUCACUCCAGCUUUCAUCACAUUACAAUGCGACGCGACGAGUGGAGUGCUCCGGUACCCUUCCCGGUCGUCGGGAAUCCCGGAUUGGAGUAACCUGGAGUAACGCGUUCCCGUCGUUCCGGGAGGCCGGAAAUUCGCAGAGUCCCGGAAUCGAGUCGCGGAGGCGAGAAGACGUCGCGAGUGAAAAACGAUCGCGGUUGGAACGAUCUCGGUGCGUGCCCCGGAAUCGUGUCGUCGAAGGCUCAACCCCCGUCGCGUCGGUCCCCGCGAGUGCGUCGGAUGCGUGAGAAAGUGCAGCUGCAGCAGCAGGGCGCCGGGAGGAGAGGUUAGGCGAGGCCGACACCCACCGAGCGAGUCGAUCAGCUGUUCCGCGGCGCCGACAUCAUCGUCGUUUCGGACGCAGGUAGUCCCGAUGCUACUCUAUCAAGAGGACAUUUCGGACAUCCUUGCCUCGAGUACAUCUUGGCGCGAACGUGAGUGAAGGAAAAAGGGACGAUGUUGUCGUACAUGCUGCCGACGGAGGACAAGCCACCGCCCGGCGAGCCCAGCAGCCAACAGAACAAUUAUCGCGCGACCGGCAAGCUGCAGAAGAGCACCGCCGUGGUUACCACGUCGCCGAGAAAGUGCGCGGACGCGACUAGAGCAAUGAUCGUCUCUACCAGGAUUGAGGAUCCGGCCGGCGGCGAUCCCGUCGCUCGGCACGGCUCUCCUCGACCGACCCUCGAGAGCCCGAAGCACAACGGGACGACUACCACGAGGAAAUCGACCCUGCACAACGCCAACAGGGUUACUAAGGACGACAGCCUCUACAGCAUCGACAGCGUGGCCAGCACCGCCGGCAGCGAACGCAAGAACAAGAUUCUGAACGGCGCGAAGCACGCUAGUCUGAAGAGGGUAUCCUUCGGCUCGAGCAAAGGAUCGAUGGUGGAAACCCUCGUGUACGAGACCCCAGUGCAAGAGGAACCUGAGAUCAAUCACUUUCUGGACCACAACGGCCGUCUACCUCCUCCUAUGAUACCUGUGCCUGAUACUGACGAAGGUAGAGAAAAAGUACGCGUCUCGUUGUUGGGUCCGCAGCCAUCGCCGGCGACGCCAGGCGUUCUCUUGCUGGAGCCGAUCACGCACUCGACAGGACACCCGAUAAACAUGGCCAACAAUCCCGCGGAACUUUUGACCACGCACACCGAGCACACCACACCCGCCUACCACGCGCAGAUCAGUACGGACAGCGGCUGGGACAACCCGUUCAGGCCGGACGGCGAUCUCUCUCGGGAAGCCGAUGAGAUCGUCGAGCUGAUAAAGGGCGGGAAGCCGAUCACGCCGACCCCGGGUCAAAACGCGCCGCCGUUGCCGGGAUGCGAUGGUAAAUCCAGUACCAGUCCACUCCUCAAAUCCGCGAAUUGCCACGCCAAUUCGUCGCCGAGGCCGGGCCAGGAGAAUGGCAGCGCACACGGUGGCACUCCUUCCAAGACCGGCAAUCAGCCUGUUAAUUUUGAAAAGGUCGGCGCGUCCCGGACCGCGACGGUGGAAGUCGCGAGGAUGACGGCGCAGGGCCCGGGCGACGCAUCACAGGUCGAGCACGUCACUCUGAAGAAGAAGCCUAAGUGCAAGUGCUGCGUGCUGCAGUAAUGAUCGCGCGACGAAGGUGGCGGGGACGCGCACGUGAGACGGACUCUCCUUCAUUAUCGGGAGCGUGACUUCAGCUUCGAAGCUACCAAAGAAGUCACGGCUGGGCAGCUCGAAGCAUCGAGAGCGCAUCGAUGAAGAAGCGGCUCGAAGAGGAUGCCGGAAACACAAGGAGAGCGCCGGCAUCCUGAACACGCUCGGGGCCUGAGAGGAACAAGUCCAGAAGAUGACUUCUUGGAGAGAAAGAGAGAGAGAAAAGAGAGUUUCGUCUUUGAAGAAACGUGGAGCGAAGUAUUUGAAGCGAAUGUGAUUGCGAAUAAGAGAGCGCUGUCAGAUUGUUGAGAAUCUGAAGAAUGAAAUGGAGUAAGUCGAACAAGAUGUCAAAGAAGCUUCGUGUCUUUUAAUCACGAAGAAAUUCCGAUGGGAAAAGAGGGCUUGAUCAGAAUACAAAGAAAAUGAGGUAAGAGAUUAUCGAUUCUUGUUGAGGAGAUUGAAAUCUCUCUUAAGAUAUUCUGGAACGUGAAGAUUGAAGCUAACUCUUGCCGUGAAAGAUUCAACUCUCACCAAGCUAUCUCCGGUUUUCGAGCACAGGAAAGAAGGCGUCCACGUGGAAGACAAGAACGAGGAACGAAUCGUCAGUGCGCGAACAUUGAACCGCUUUUCGAGACAGUGAUAUUUUAUGAUGUUAUUCAUAAAAUGUUCAUUUUAUGAUGCGAGAGACUAGAGCUAGGAAAGAAACGGGAGAAGAAAGAGAAAGAAAAAAGAAAUCUAUAUAUAUAUAUAUUAUACAUACAAAACUAUAUUGUAGAUACAGAAUGGUAGCUGUAUAGCUUAUAUGCUUUUACUAUCGUGGUUAAUUAUCGUCAGGAUUAUCGUGAUUUCAAGAAUGCAUCGUGCGCGUAGAGCGAGAACGAAAAAGAAAGAAUGCGUGAGAGAAAGCGCGAAUGUGCGAGAGAGAAAGGGAGAGAUGACGAUGAAUGAUAUGACUAUAAGGGGAAGAGUGUGCGCGACGAGGCAUGUAAAGUUCCGCGGGACGUCAUUCGUCCGUUAGAUCUCGGUGCGAGCAGAUACAUCGCCGUUUCUGAGGAAGCUAACUCGGCAGCUUUGAUCAAUCUUUUCUUUAAUGCACUGCGAAGGGUAUUCGACGCGUCGAACAGCGCUGUAUACGGAAAGAGUGUACCAGGAUAUACCGCGUACUCCGUUGCGUCUACGAAUUUCUUGAUCAAUCUCGGGUCGAUUUUAAUCAUUUUACUAACAACAAAAUAUGUCGUUUGUGAUCAAGAAAGAGUACGCGGUUUUUGGCACACUUUGUAUGAUAGGUAAAGCGUUUUAUUUCAUUAAACGCAUCGAAGAGUUCCGUAGGUAAAAUUCUCUCUUCUUCCUCUUUUAUAUUUAUUAUUUCAGACAGAAUUUUGUUGUCUUAAAAAAUUAUUAUUAUUCUAUUCCCUUCGCUUAUUUUUAUUUCACUUCCGAAAAUUUAUAUGUUAAAAUUUUGACAUACAGCGAGACCUUCGUAUUCGUCAAGGUAAAUAAUAAUAAUAGAACAGGGGUCGGAUAUCCCUCUCCCAUGAAAACAGGCGUAACGAGGCGUAAGUGGAUGACCAAACAGGAAAUGGUCUCAAAUGCUGAAAAGUAAUAUAGCUAAUAAUAUUAAUCAGUAGAAGGUACUGGUUACCGUCUACAUUGACUGCGUUUCGAAAAUAUAAUGUUCAAAUGAUUAAUUUUUUUUAAAUGCGUUUGAUCGGUAGACGUAGAAGUAUUUAAGAUCGUUAAUUGAUAAUUAACCAUUGUGUCUUGACGUGUGAUUAUAAUAAUCAAUGAAGAUUUCCGAAAACUAAUGAUUAUGAUGGAUGCAAUAAUGCUAUUUAUUAGGGUUGCUUGUCAUGAUUAUAGGUUUUAUUAUAAAUUUUACUACAUUUAUAUAUUUAUUUUGUUUGUGUCAUCGGGAAUGACACAACGAGGAACGUUUCUUCUCGAUUACUAUUUCCCAAAAUCUUUGAUCUGGUCCCACAACUAGUAUCUAAUGAUAAGGCAGCUUGUUCCUAAUUUUACCUGCGGAACUCCAAAGAAGAAAGGAUUAUUUUCGCGCGGGUAUAAAUAGCGAUUAAUGCGUUAAACGCUAUUGCUCUUACAAAGUUCGAGUCUUGAGAAUCUUCACGCGUGUCUCUUAUAGAACAUCGUUGGAUCAGUUGUUGAUUGCCCUCGAAUCGGUAAGUCCGCCCUCAGUUUUGUCCGCCACAAAAUGCGAAAUUAAUCCCGAAUCUUUUUUUAUAGCGAUCGAUAUACAUGUGAGAUUUUCUAUCGUAACAGAUUAUGCAAAGUAUUCGAUUUGAUUGCGAUUUUUUAGCAAUUUUAGGAAAAUUUAAAGGAAAGGCGAGAAGAAGUUAUUCUUGCGGUUAAUCAUGGUGAAUAAAAUCGCGCCUUUUUGAACAUGCCGAGGGUUCGAUCUUGAGGCCUCGUCAUGUUCGACCGAGUACCUAAGUGCAUUUCGUUAAUUAUCCAUCAUGAGCGCCGCCAGAAUUGUCCAUAGAGGCACGCAUAUGCAGGAUUGUUGAAAUAUAAAAUCUUUUUGUCACGAUUAUAUAUACAUUUUAUAUAUACAGUGCGUUUUAUUAUUGAACUGAAAGGAAUUUCUUUCCUUGUUUUAUAACAUUAAUGGCAUGGUGUCGGAAAUUUUAAAUUAAAAAAUUUUAACUGAGCGUUUCUUCGCUCUCUUUUUCGCCUUUCUUCGGAAAUUCGGAUGAGCGUGCCCCCUGCCCUUUUCUCACGACGCUCAUGAUUUUUAUGUACCUGCGUUAAUGAGUUCCGCGUUCGAUUAGGGCAAGCUGGGACAAAACAAACUAUUCAAAACUCACGAUUACGAGCCUUAAAUUACAUAAUUUAAAUUUACAUUCUGGAAACACGGUAGAACAAUCGGUUUUCAAAUUAGUCACAGAAUUGUUGAAAUGCAUAAUUUAAUCAGACACUUUACUAGCUCAGCUUGCUCUAAUCGACGGCGAAAGCGGAAGGUCGCGAGGUGCCGGGGGAAGAGGAACCGGAUUAUUCGGACGGUGUCGAAGAUACUAUUUUCCUAAUUAACGAGCCGCUCGGAGGAGGAAAUCCCGGCGCCUCCCCGCUUCCGCGCGGUGGCGAUUUUUAAUGGACGAAAACAAUUUAUUGUGCGAACUAGUCGAAGGUAUCGGGAGGUGUUAACUCUUCGUGGCGGCGAUCACAUAAAAUGUCUUUUGUAUCAUAAUUGUUUUAAAGUUUCUAGUUGCAUAUAUACAUAUAUACAAGGGAUACAUUACAAGAGGGAGAAAGUACUACAAGUGGGAGAGUACCGGCAUCGUUGCAUGCACAAAGCGCGAAGCUAAAUCUGCUCGAAAUCCUUUUAAUUUUACAUCGUAAAAUAUCGCCCCUUUCUAAACGAUAUCAAUAAUUUAUAUCGAACGGUAUUGAUAAUUCGAUUUUAAGUCUCGUUAGAAGAUAGUCGACGAACGUAUGCAACGGAGUAUAUCUUUACUUUUUCUUAUUCUUUUAUCUGCUCUGACAAUGUGCCCUUUCGCAAAAACUUGCGUUAAUCCUCGUGAGGAUCCGUAAGGGCUUCGACGGAUCCGGAGAUAUUCAAUAUUUCGCGUGCCGCGAAGAGCCGAUCGAGCGCAGUUUGCGCAGCGCAGUGCAAACGAGAGGAAUCUGUAACGCGCAUACCUACACACGAGAACCUCUUAACGUCUGUUCCCACGCAAAAUGUUGACUCUGCUGAGCUUACAGAUAUUAAACGAAUAUUAAAUGUCUUGUUAAAAAAAAAAAAAACUGGCUUGUGAAGGA